AUGGAAAAACUCUGUCCUGGAAUGAGAGAAGGAACACAAAAUUUCAGGAAGAUCAAUUACUUCUCAGAGAAGUUAGGGUUAGACAUUAUCAAGCAUGACGGUGUCUAUUCCAGGUACAUCUAUUCUUGCUCUGAAAAUGGCAGAUACAACUUGAAAGUACAUGUUCAACGAGCUAACAAGACUGUCAGACCACACCCCACAGUGCCAUGGAGUCAUUCUAUGUAUAUACUCGGUUACAUAGAAAAUGUCCCUGUAGUGAGAGGUUCUAUGGUUCAGCUGAAAAAUGGUGGCUAUGAAGAUAUUGUUAUUGCAAUUAACCCUGAGUUACCAGAAGAUCACAAUAUCAUUAGAAACAUAAAGGUAAGAACUUUGGUAUAUGUAUUGUCCUUCUAUGACAUUCAGACUUCUUGCAAGGCUAAACUACUCAUUGCCUCUACAGUUCAAUUUGUAAUUCAUAAAUCUAUUCUUUUCUUUCCCUACCAGGACAUGGUCAAGGAGGCUUCUACUUACUUGUUCAAUGCUACAAAACAGAGAUUUUUUUUCAAGGCUGUAAAAAUUAUAAUUCCUCAACACUGGCUGCCAAAAUCUGAGUAUUUAAGUGUAAAAACAGAGUCAUAUGAUAAGGCAGAUGUUAUCGUGGCUAAUCCUUACUUGAAGUACGGAGAUGAUCCCUACACGCUGCAAUAUGGAGGAUGUGGGGAAAAGGGACGAUAUAUUCAUUUCACUCCAGACUUCCUGUUAAAUGACACUUUGUAUAACAUCUAUGGAUCACGAGCUAAAGUUUUUGUCCAUGAAUGGGCCCAUCUUCGUUGGGGAGUAUUUGAUGAAUAUAAUAACGAUGCACCUUUCUAUGUGUCUGUAAACUCUGGAAAAGCAAGUGUUGAAGCAACUAGAUGUUCAGCUGAUAUCACUGGUAAAUAUAUAGUCCAAAGCUGCACAGGAAACAACUGCAUGACAAGAGAAUGCGACUAUGAUCAACAGACAAAGCUGUAUGAAGCUGGAUGUAAAUUUGUACCAGAAAAAACACAAAAUGCCCCAGCAUCUAUAAUGUACAUGCAGAGCCUCCCUUCUGAGCUGUCUGUUCAUAAUUCAAAGAAGACUCAAGAACAAAAGAAAUUUGCAUCCUGGACUGACAACUUGUAUGUUAAUUUUCAAACCAGCACAAAUAAAAAGGGCCCAGGGUUUAUUAUAGAAACAGUAUUUAAGGAUGCCAAUGACAUGACUCUCAUGGGUAGUGAUUAUAUGGACACUACCUGGAAAGAGGAAAAAGAGCGUGACCUAGAGAAACGUUAUGCAGAGCAAUAG